AUGUUCAUAGGAUGGGAGCUGAAAGGCAUCCACUGUUACAAAUUCUUCAACAUCAGGCAUUCAUGGGAAAAGGCAGCGGAACUAUGUAGAAGAUACGGCAGUGAAUUGAUGGUGGUCGAGUCGUAUGGCGAGAACAAUGUAUCUGCCAGUAUGAUCGGUCGUCACCUGGACCGUUAUUGGCUAGGUUUAGCAUCCUUGGAUGAUCUGCGGACAAAUACCUUGGAGUCAGCAGCUGGGAUGCUUGUCUCUCAAUAUGCUGGUUUCUGGGCGCCGAGACAGCCGAAUCCUCGUUCCGGCGAAUGUGUCGACGUAAAAGUUACCGACGAUCAACAUCAAUCAUGGGAGCUCACCACAUGCGAGUCUCUUCUUCCGUUCAUGUGCCGCGCCAACGCCUGUCCAGCAGGCUCGUUCCACUGCUCUAAUGGCAAAUGCAUCAACAGCGCCUAUAAGUGCGACAAACAGGAUGAUUGUGGCGAUUAUUCGGAUGAAAUCGAUUGUGCAUCGAAUUGUCAGUUCUAUAUGGCCAGUAGUGGUGAUGUCGUCGAGAGUCCAAAUUACCCACAUAAGUACAUGCCUUUGAGCAAUUGUAAGUGGACUUUGGAAGGCCCCCAGGGACAUAACAUCCUCUUGCAGUUCCAAGAAUUUGAAACGGAAAAGAGCUUUGAUAUCGUACAGAUCCUCGUUGGUGGUAGAACCGAGGAAAAAUCAGUGAACUUAGCAACGCUAUCGGGUAGACAAGAAUUGAGCAAUAAGCUCUUCGUCUCGGCAUCGAAUUUUAUGAUUAUAAAAUUUAGCAGCGACGGUUCGGUGGAACGAAAGGGAUUCCGUGCCUCUUGGAAAACCGAACCGCAGACGUGCGGCGGCAUAUUGAGGGCUACACCUCAGGGUCAAACUCUUAUAUCACCAGGAUAUCCACAAAAUUAUCCCGGCGGUCUGGAAUGUCUAUACAUAAUUCAGGCUCAGCCUGGAAGAAUUAUUUCGCUCGAGAUCGAAGACUUGGAUUUGGAGGCAAACCGUGACUAUAUCUUAAUAAGGGACGGCGAAUCGCCAAUGAGUCGACCAAUUGCCAGAUUAACAGGAGAUUCCGAUGACAAUCCAAAAGUCAUAAUGUCAACAACGAGCAAUCUCUAUCUCUACUUUAAAACGAGCCUCGGUGACUCUAAGCGCGGUUUCAGCAUUCGUUAUACCCAAGGAUGCAAAGCCUCGAUCGUGGCUCACAAUGGAACCGUUCAAUCACCAUCGUACGGACUCAAUGAUUAUCCAAACAAUCAGGAGUGCCUGUAUAGAGUUAAAAAUUUAAAAGGAGGGCCACUUUCAUUAAAAUUCGUCAAUUUCAAUGUUCAUAAGACUGAUUAUGUACAGGUGUACGAUGGGCCGAAUAUGGAUGGCUUGAGGCUACAUUCUGGUAGUGGUUUUACAUCGAAUACACGUCCAAAAAUUACACUUACCGCCGAAAGUGGAGAAAUGCUUAUAAGAUUCGUUUCCGAUGCACUUCAUAGUAGCACGGGAUGGCAAGCUACUUUCUCAGCUGAUUGUCCACCAUUACAAUCCGGAGAGGGAGCAAUGGCGUCGAACCGCGACACAGCAUUUGGCACGGUAGUUAUAUUUUCGUGUCCACUUGGUCAGGAAUUCGCAACUGGGAAAGUUAAAAUUACAACCGAAUGCUUGCCAAGCGGAAACUGGUCCAUUACUUACAUACCAAAAUGUCAAGAAGUUUACUGCGGUCCAGUGCCACAAAUUGACAACGGAUUCUCCAUCGGAUCAUCUAAUGUCACUUAUCGUGGAGUCGCAACUUACCAAUGCUAUGCCGGCUUCGCUUUUCCAACUGGAAGGCCUACCGAGAAAAUUUCCUGUCUCGCAGAUGGCAUGUGGGAAAAGAAACCUUCUUGUCUCGCGUCUCAAUGCCCUCCUCUUCCGGGAGCACCGCACGCUAAUCUCACGAUUUUGAACGGGGGAGGACGUAGUUAUGGUACUAUUGUGAGAUUUGAAUGCGAACCAGGAUACGUCAGAAGUGGUCAUCCGGUUAUCCUCUGUAUGAGCAAUGGAACUUGGUCUGACGAGGUUCCAGUUUGCUCCCGUGCAAGAUGCCCGAUUCUUCCAGCGAUCAAAAAUGGAUUUGUCGUUGACUCUUCGAAGGAUUAUUAUUUUGGCGACGAUGCUCGAGUUCAAUGCAACAAAGGCUAUAAAUUAUCCGGAUCGAACAUCAUUAGUUGCGGCACAAUGCAACGUUUUGAAAACGUACCUACCUGCGAAGAUAUCAACGAGUGUGCUUCCAGUCAAUGUGAUCUAGCCUCGACAGAAUGUAUCAAUACACCAGGAGCAUUCACGUGCAAAUGUAAAUUAGGUUUCUCUUCGACGAUGGAAUGAGAUUUAGGUCUAAUUAAUGGCGGUAUUCCCGAUGAAUCAAUUACUGUCUCUAGUUCUGAAAAUGGAUACACAAAAUCGGGUAUUCGAUUGAACAACGGCGAUGGCUGGUGCGGCAAUAACGUCGAGCCUGGAGCAAAUUGGGUCACGAUAGACAUGAAGGCGCCCACUAUAAUUCGAGGUUUUAGAACACAAGUGGUCGCCCGAGCCGACGGGAACGUCGCAUUUACAACGGCUGUACGAAUUCAGUAUACCGAUAAUUUAACGGACAUCUUCAAAGAUUAUACCAAUCCGGACGGCACACCCGUGGAAUUCCGCAUACUCGAGCCGACCCUCUCGGUAUUAAAUCUGCCAGUGUCCAUUGAGACGAGAUUUCUUCGCUUCCGCGUCCAAGAUUACGUAGGCGCGCCGUGCAUGAAAUUGGAAAUUAUGGGCUGCACUCGUUUGGAGUGUACGGACAUUAACGAGUGUGCGAACAACAAUGGCGGAUGUCAUCAGAAGUGUAACAAUAAUCCCGGUGGCUUCACCUGCUCAUGCAACACUGGCUUCGAGCUUUACAAGGGCAACGGGACAGCGGGCUUCGCCAUUGAAAAAUCCGAGACGGGACAACGCGAUGGCGACGUUUAUCAAAGAAACAAGACCUGCGUUCCCGUUAUGUGUCCACUUUUGCCUGCCCCUGACAAUGGAAAGAUCUUAUCCACAAAAGUACAAUAUCAUUUUGGUGAUCUCGUGAAAUUCCAAUGUGAUUUUGGAUAUGUUCUUACCGGCUCUUCGGCUGUACUUUGCACAUCCUCCGGAGUGUGGAAUGGCACGACACCGGCAUGCCAAUAUGCCAAGUGCGUAUCGCUACCUGAUGAUAAAAACGAAGGACUGUCGGUCAUUAGGGGCGAUGAAAGCAGUGUAUUAGUUCCGUUCAAGCAGAAUGUCACUCUCAAGUGCACGAAUAAUGGCCGCUCCCUUCGCAAUACCGCCACUUCGGGCUUCCGCCAAUGCGUUUACGAUCCAAAAGUUGGCUAUCCGGAUUACUGGCUUUCUGGAUCGCAACCCGCUUGCCCGAGGUCUGAUUGCGGAAAGCCAUUGCCGACUCCGGGCGCCGAAUACGGCCAGUACACGGACACGAAAUAUCAAUCGUCCUUCUUCUUUGGCUGUCAAGAUACGUUUAAGCUUGCCGGGCAAACUAAUCGGCACGACAACGUGGUGCGCUGCCAAGCCAACGGAGUUUGGGAUUUCGGCAAUCUCCGUUGCGAAGGGCCCGUUUGCGAAGAUCCGGGCAGACCCGCGGAUGGCCAUCAAAUUGCACGUAGCUACGAGCAAGGAUCCGAAGUUCAGUUCGGAUGUUCCAGGCCCGGCUAUAUCUUAAUCAAUCCGCGGCCAAUUGUCUGUCUGCGCGAGCCAGAAUGCAAAGUGGUGAAGCCGCUAGGCUUAGCCUCCGGGAGGAUUCCAGAUUCCGCUAUAAACGCGACCUCGGAGAGGCCAAAUUACGAAGCAAAGAACGUGAGAUUGAACUCGGUUACAGGCUGGUGUGGCAAACAAGAGGCGUUCACGUACGUGAGCGUCGACAUGGGCCGAGUUUAUAGAAUCAAAGCGAUUUUAGUGAAGGGAGUGGUGACGAAUGACGUGGUCGGGAGGCCAACGGAAAUUCGAUUCUUUUACAAGCAAGCCGAAAGUGAGAAUUACGUCGUAUACUUUCCCAACUUCAAUCUCACAAUGCGCGAUCCUGGCAAUUACGGAGAGCUAGCAAUGAUCACUCUACCCAAAUACGUUCAAGCCAGAUUCGUAAUUCUCGGCAUUGUCAGUUACAUGGACAAUGCUUGUCUCAAAUUCGAAUUGAUGGGAUGCGAAGAGCCAAUUAUCGAUCCACUUUUGGGAUACGAUUAUGGCUUCUCGCCUUGUGUCGACAACGAACCGCCGGUUUUCCAAAAUUGUCCCCAACAGCCCAUCGUCGUGCAGAAAGGUCCCGAUGGUGGCUUACUUCCGGUAAACUUUACCGAGCCAACGGCCGUCGAUAACAGUGGCAGUAUCGCCAGGCUCGAGGUCAAGCCCCAAAGUUUCAAGACGCCGAUUCGCGUAUUUGACGAUACGGUUGUCAAAUACAUUGCCUACGAUUACGAUGGAAAUGUCGCCAUAUGCGAAAUUAACAUUACCGUACCAGAUGUGACUCCGCCGAGAUUAAGCUGCCCUCAAAGUUACGUGAUAGAGCUCGUGGACAAGCAGGACAGCUACCCCGUAAACUUCAACGAAACUCGUCGCAGAAUUAACACUACGGACGCCUUCGGACCCGUCAAACUAACCUUCAUUCCAGAUCACGCGAUCAUUCCGAUCGGCGGCUUCGAAAACGUCACUGUCCUCGCGACCGACACGAGUGGCAAUAGGGCCUUCUGCCACUUUCAAGUCUCUGUUCAAGCCACGCCUUGCGUCGAUUGGGAGCUAAAACCACCGACUAAUGGUGGACUAAAGUGCCUUCCCAACGAUAAAGGACUCCAGUGCAUCGCCACUUGCAAAUCCGGUUACCGAUUUACCGACGGAGCUCCGGUAAAGACCUUCUCCUGUGACGUGCAGAGACACUGGGCGCCAACUUCCGUUGUACCCGAUUGCGUCUCCGAGAAUACUCAACAGGCGGACUAUCACGUGAUCGCGUCGGUCACGUAUCGCGCCAAUGGUGCCGUCUCUCGAUCAUGUUUACCUCAGUAUCAGGAUUUAUUGUCCCAAUAUUAUUUGAAUCUCAAUAAUAUUUUAACACAGCGCUGCUCGGCUGUUAACGUGAACAUGAACGUUUCGUUCGUACGUUCCUUACCCACCCUCCUCGAGGAGAAUGUCCUGAAGAUUGACUUUGUUCUGUCGAUUGUGCCUGCGAUUCGGCAGCCCCAACUCUACGAUCUCUGCGGCUCGACGUUAAAUUUGAUCUUCGAUCUCUCGGUACCGCACGCCAGCGCAGUGAUCGAGCCACUGUUGAACGUCUCGGCCAUUGGUAAUCAGUGCCCGCCCUUGAGAGCUCUUAAGUCGUCCAUCUCUCGUGGUUUCACCUGCAGUAUCGGCGAGGUCUUGAAUAUGGACACCAACGACGUACCUCGAUGCUUGCACUGCCCGGCGGGAACGUACGCCGGGGAGAAGCAGAAGCUCUGCACCUCCUGUCCUAAGGGCUAUUAUCAAAACAGCGAUCGGCAAGGCUCCUGUUUGCGCUGUCCAUUUGGCACUUACACGAAGGAAGAGGGCUCGAAGAGCAUCGACGACUGCAUACCUGUUUGCGGUUACGGGACCUACUCGCCUACCGGCUUAGUGCCUUGUCUCGAGUGCCCAAGAAACAGCUACAGCGGCGAGCCACCGAUCGGCGGCUUCAAGGAUUGUCAAACCUGUCCGGCCGGCACGUUCACCUAUCAGCCGGCAGCUCCCGGCAAAUCGAGAUGCCAAGCUAAAUGCUCCCCCGGAAUGUAUUCCGAUACGGGUUUGGCGCCCUGCGCCCAAUGCCCCAAAGACUUCUUUCAGCCCCAACACGGCGCCACCACGUGCAACGAGUGUCCCGCGAACAUGUACACGGAUAAGUCCGGGGCGGUUGGCCGUGAAGAGUGUAAGCCCGUGCAAUGCACGGACAACGUCUGCCAACAUGGCGGAUUGUGCGUGCCCUUGGGCCACGGGAUUCAGUGCUUCUGUCCUGCUGGAUUCUCCGGCAGACGUUGCGAGAUCGACAUUGACGAGUGCGCUUCGCAACCGUGCUACAACGGUGCCACCUGCAUCGAUCUGCCGCAAGGCUAUCGAUGUCAAUGCGCCAACGGAUAUUCCGGAAUCAAUUGCCAAGAGGAGAAAUCAGAUUGCCGGAACGACACGUGUCCCGAGCGAGCCAUGUGCAAAGACGAGCCAGGAUUCAAUAAUUACACCUGCCUGUGCAGAUCCGGCUAUACCGGAGUCGAUUGUGACAUUACAAUUAAUCCUUGUACAACGAGUGGUAAUCCGUGCAACAAUGGAGCGACUUGCGUGGCUCUACAACAGGGUCGCUAUAAAUGCGAAUGUCUACCGGGUUGGGAAGGACAGAGCUGCGAGAUUAACACCAACGAUUGCGCCGAGCGGCCGUGUCUUCUAGGCGCCAACUGCACUGAUUUAAUCGAUGAUUUUACCUGCGAUUGCCCUCCCGGCUUCACUGGCAAAAGAUGUCACGAGAAGAUCGACCUCUGCUCCGGCAAUCCUUGUUUAAACGGUAUUUGCGUGGAUAAGCUAUUCAGCCACGAAUGCAUUUGCCAUCCCGGUUGGACUGGCGCAGCUUGCGAGAUCAACAUCAACGAAUGCUCGAGCAAACCCUGUCGCAACAAUGGCCAAUGCACCGACCAAAUUAAUGGUUAUUCUUGCACGUGCGAGUCCGGUUAUACUGGCAAACAAUGUCAGCACACGAUCGACGAUUGCGCAGCCAAUCCUUGCGUCAAUGGCGGCACUUGCGUAGAUCAGCUCGAAGGUUUCACGUGCAAGUGCCGGCCAGGCUUCGUGGGCUUGCAAUGCGAAGCGGAAAUCGACGAAUGUCUCAGCGAUCCUUGCAGCCCCGUGGGAACCGAGCGUUGCGUCGAUCUGGAUAAUCAAUUCAUAUGCCACUGUAGAGAGGGCUUUACCGGAUCAACCUGCGAAACGAAUAUCGACGACUGCUUGACCGAGCCUUGUCUCAAUGGAGCGACUUGCAGAGAUGAGAUUGGUGGCUUUAAGUGUAUGUGUCGAGAUGGAUGGACUGGAAAUCGAUGCGAGAUCGACGUGGGCACCUGUCAGAAUAAGCCUUGCCAGAACGAUGCUGCUUGCGUCGAUUUGUUUCAAGAUUUCUUCUGCGUAUGUCCGUCUGGAACCGACGGUAAACGAUGCGAGACAGCACCACAGCGAUGUAUCGGCGACCCUUGCAUGCAUAAUGGCUAUUGUCAAGAUUUUGGCUCGGGUCUUAAUUGCACGUGUUCCGACGAUUAUACGGGAAUUGGUUGCCAAUACGAAUACGACGCCUGUCAAGCCGGUGCUUGCAAAAAUGGAGCCACUUGCAUCGACAAUGGCGCGGGAUUCACCUGCAUCUGUCCACACGGAUACACAGGUAAAACGUGCGAGGAGGAUAUUAUCGACUGCAAGGAAAAUUCCUGCCCACCUUCAGCAACUUGUAUCGAUUUAACUGGAAAAUUCUUCUGUCAAUGUCCAUUCAAUCUGACCGGUGACGACUGUCGAAAAUGUGACUGUAUAAAAUUGAAAAAUUUCUUGCACCAUAGAAUGAGACAAGCGCGCCAAGGCAGUGAUACCUACGAAGUGGAAAUAUCCUUUCCAGCCAUAAAUGAUCCAAUCUUGAAUCCCAAUUCGAACGAAAGAGCGACCGUUCAGACGUUGCUGGAGAGAUUGAUCCUCGAGGAAGACCAAUUCGAUGUCCACGACAUCUUACCAAACACCGUACCAGACCCAGCCUCCCUAAUAUUGGAAUCGGAUUACGCUUGCCCGGUUGGUCAAGUCGUAAUGGCUCCCGAUUGCGUGCCCUGCGCCGUCGGCAGUUUCUACGAGACGACGUCGAAGAGGUGCGAGUCCUGCCCCGUGGGCAGCUAUCAGAGCGAGUCCGGACAGCUCAAGUGCAGCCCCUGCCCCGUGAUAGCGGGCCGCACCUCGGUGACCAUCGGCCCGGGUGCCCGUAGCGCCGCCGACUGUAAGGAGCGCUGCCCCGCUGGCAAGUACUACGACGAUGUCGCGGGACUCUGCCGCAGUUGUGGACACGGCUUCUACCAGCCGGAGGAAGGAAGCUUCUCCUGCCAGCUCUGCGGCCUCGGGAAGACGACCCGCACGGCCGAGGCCGUCUCGCGGGAGGAGUGCCGGGACGAGUGUGGCUCCGGGCAGCAGCUGGCUGUAGAGGGCAAGUGCGAGCCCUGCCCUCGAGGCACCUACAGGACUCAGGGCGUCCAGGCGGCCUGCCAGGCCUGCCCCCUCGGUAGGACGACGCCGAACCUCGGCUCCGCGGCCAUCGAGGAGUGCUCCCUGCCGGUUUGCGAGCCAGGCUCCCACCUCAACGGCACUCUCAACGAGUGCAUCGAGUGCAAAAAGGGCACCUAUCAGCCCGAGGCCCAGCAAACGUCCUGCAUACCCUGUCCGCCCAACACCAGCACCAAAGGAGCCUCAGCCACGAGCAAGGCCGAAUGCACAAACCCGUGCGAGGUGAAUGGCGAGGAAAUGCACUGCGAUGCAAACGCUUACUGUCUACUCAUACCCGAGACUAGCGACUUCAAAUGCGAGUGCAAGCCUGGUUACAACGGCACGGGUCACGAGUGCGUCGACGUGUGCCUAGGUUUCUGCGACAACGAAGGCGUCUGCCUGAAGGACUCGAGAGGUCAACCCUCGUGUCGAUGUAGCGGCAGCUUCACCGGCAAGCAUUGCACGGAAAAGUCCGCCUUCUUCUACAUCACCGGUGGCAUAGCGAGUGGCGUUGUUCUCAUCAUCAUCGUCGUGCUGCUCGUCUGGAUGAUUUGCGCCAGGGCGUCGAGAAAGAAGGAGCCAAAGAAGAUGCUAUCACCAGCGACCGAUCAGAAUGGUUCACAAGUUAAUUUCUACUAUGGUGCGCCAACACCUUACGCAGAAUCAAUCGCACCGUCGCAUCACAGCACGUAUGCGCACUAUUACGACGACGAGGAAGACGGUUGGGAAAUGCCCAACUUUUAUAAUGAAACUUAUAUGAAAGAGAGUUUACACAAUGGCGGGAAAAUGAAUAGCCUCGCACGAUCGAACGCGAGCAUUUACGGUACGAAAGAUGAUCUUUACGACAGACUGAAACGCCACGCGUAUCCCGGAAAGAAAGAUAAGAGCGACAGCGAUAGCGAAGGUCAGUGACUUUCGGGAAAAGUGGCCAAAAUCUCGAGUCGAAAGUGACGAAUCUCCAUAAAUACGCCGAGCUCAACGAAUGUCUCUGUGUAUGUCCGACGUCGGCGAACCGAUCGAUUCGUUUCUUUGUUAACAUAAACAAAACAAAACAAAACAAAAAAAAAAAAAAGAACAAAAAAAAA